GAUUGUGAAAGUGAAACAAAAGAAACGUGCAAGAAUUCAUUACGCAGAUGAACUUAAUUAUCAAGUAAUUCAAACUAUGAAAAGUAUCUUUACAAUUUUGUUUUUAUUUGUUAAAUUAACUUUAUCAACAAAAAACAAUGUUGUGUUUAUUGUUAUCGACGACUUGCGCCAUCUAUCUGACAUUGAUGUACAUUUACCAAACCUAAAAAAACUGGCGGCAAACAGUGUAAACUUCAAAAAUACUUUUGCACAGCAAGCGCUCUGUGCUCCAAGUCGUAAUUCCUUACUUACUGGUCGUCGACCAGAUGCACUGCGGCUGUAUGACUUUUAUAAUUACUGGAGGCAUACAGUAGGUAACUUCACAACAAUCCCUCAGUACUUCAAAGAAAAUGGUUACGAAACUUUUUCAGUUGGGAAGGUGUUCCAUCCAGGAAGAAGUUCAAAUUUUUCGGACGACUAUCCUUACAGCUGGUCGCAUUAUCCCUAUCAUCCACCCACGGACAAAUUUAAAGACUUGGCCGUAUGCUGGGACGCAAAUACUAGAAAAUUUCAAAGAAAUGUAAUUUGUCCUGUAGAGGUCAAAGAUCAGCCAGGAAAAUCUUUACCUGAUAUACAAACUCUUGAUUACGCAGUUAAUAUAUUGAAGAGUAGAAAUACCACCAAACCAUUUUUUCUGGCUGUCGGAUUCCAUAAACCUCAUAUUCCUCUGAAGUUUCCCAAAAAAUAUCUUAGAAAAGUCCCACCAAUAGCUAAGACGCAUUUACCAAAGUUUCCAAAUAUACCAAAGGGCUUACCAUUAGUGGCUUGGCAUCCCUGGACCGAUGUGCGCCACAGAGACGAUAUCGCGCGCCUCAACAUCUCGUUCCCAUUUGGCACAAUGCCCCACAAAUGGACGUUAAAAAUCAGACAAAGCUAUUUCGCAGCAGCCCGAUAUAUUGAUGACUUGGUGGGGGCAUUGAUGAGCUACGUCGACUUGAGUAAUACUGUAGUGGUAUUGACUAGUGAUCAUGGAUGGUCACUUGGAGAAAAUGGCUUAUGGGCAAAGUACAGUAAUUUCGACGUGGCUUUAAGGGUUCCUUUGUACUUUAUUGCCCCUGGAAUAGAAGCUAAAUCAGUGCGUAAUCCUGUCGAACUAGUAGACAUUUUUCCAACACUUGUUCACCUGUGCGAACUCCCCGAUAAUAUUCCAAAAUGCAAAAGCGUUGUAGAUAAGUCAGUGCUGUGCUUUGAUGGGAAAACUUUACAACCCCUCAUGAAAUCGAGACUAAGGUAUCAGAAAGCCAACAAAUAUAUUGCAAUUAGUCAGUAUCCUAGGCCGAGUGUAACUCCUAGAGCCGACUCAGAUAAGCCACGCCUCAAAGAGAUAAGAAUUAUGGGGUAUAGCAUAAGAACAAACAGAUUUAGAUACACAGAGUGGAUAUCAUUUAAUAGCACGUUAUUUACAAGAGACUGGAAUAAAAUUUAUGGCUUAGAGCUAUACGAUUAUCUUAAAGAUCCAGAUGAAACAAAUAAUCUGUCCUUAUUACCAGAUUACAGAGUCACUAGAAAAUAUUUAUCAAAAUUGUUAAGGUCUACUUUAAGUUAACUUCAAUUGAAAUUUAGUUACAUACUUAUAAAUAGAUCAGAUUGGCUAAAAUCUUAGGAACUAAAAAAUGCAAUGCACAAUAUAUGGAAAUAUGAUACCUAAUUCAUAUGUAUCCAGCUGGAAUAAUCCAAUUAAUACAGAAUAAAAAUGUUUCAUACGUCGGCAAACGUCAUGCGUACAGCGUAGCUGCUGUAAAAAUUGAUUUUCUACAGCAACCAGUUUAGUUGUAACUAAUUAAACAUAACGUAAUUAAA